GAGAAGAAAGAGCGCCCAGGAGGAUUGUGGGUCGUUCCUGCUGCCGCCUACACCGUGUUAAUGAGGUGCCUUCGGGAAGGGGAAGAGUUGGUGGUGAACCACAUGGCUGCCAAAACCAUAGAGAACGUGUGCAGCCGUGAGUCUCAAUACGCCCAGGGAUUCAUCACUGCAGAGGUGGGACCUGCACUCUGGUAUCUGUUCACACACUCCACAGUGGAUGCACUCAGGGUCAGCGCUAUAUCUGCUCUGUGUAAAAUAACACGCCAAUCUGCGGGGGCCUUCCAGAGUGUGAUUGACAAGGUGGGAUUACCCAGCAUCCUCAGUUGUCUGGUGUCAGGCAUCAGCCGUGUCCAGCAACACAUGCUCACUAUGUUCGCUGCCAUGUUGGCAUCAGGAGCACAUUCCCACAGACUGGUACAGGACCGGGAAUUUGUUAUGAAGAUAAUCCGCUCUCUGGAGAGUCCGUCUUCAGUCAUCCGUGCCAAGGCCUUCCUCGUUCUUCUGCAGGUCCUUAUGAACAACAGAGAGAUGCUUCUGCUCUGCUGUAACUCCAGGCUGGUGAUGUACAUUGAAAGAGACGUCCGAAAGGCCACGCCAGGAAAGGAGCAACAAAGCGGCAAUGAAUACCUGUCAAAAUGCCUGACCCUCUUCAUCCGUCACACCGUGCACGAACUGCCAGCCAUCCUGGAUGACAUCCUGUCCGUGUUAGGCAGCAUUGUGGGAAGGAAGCACCCCUCUCCUACGCAGUCCCGUCAGCUGAAGCAGAGCCUCCCCAUGAUGGCUGUGGUGCUGCAUCUGCUCACCUCACAGAUCUUCCGACCGCAGGUGGUGACUGAGGCCUUUCUCAUCAAAUUUGGAAAACUGCUGAAUCACAUAACCUCCAUUGACUCUAAUGAGACGAGUUUGGGAAGUGCUAUAGGUCAAGCAGCAUCUGAGGAACUGAUCAGAAACACACUAUCUGCAGUGGAGGCCAUUUCCCAACAUCCCGCUCUUCUCGGCCUCUAUCACUGCACUGUUGUGGAUUUGAUUGCACCACCGCUGGCGUCUCUGGCCUUCAGUAAAAAUGUGGAAUGGCGUAUUGUGAGUUUGCGUGUGCUGUCAGAGAUCACGCUGCUGCUGCUGAGCCAAGACGAGGUGGAGGAGAGAGAGAGAGAUGGAGGGAGUGAACGAGAGGAAGAGUGGGAAGGUGAAGACAUCUCCUCCAACACUCGCUUGCUAACGCUCAUCUCUGAGGCCCUGCUGCCACAGUAUGAGACUCUGCUCCUGGAGCCAGAUCCUGUACCGGUAUAUGCUCUCAAACUGCUGGUGUCCCUCACGGAGCAUACCUCACCCAUCAGCAGGCUUGUUAGAGAGAGCCGUCUCCUGCCUGCUAUCUUUCAAGUCAUAGAGGUAAGUGUGCUUCUGAGCCUUCUGGUUUCCUCACUCUCU